GAGAAGGGCUUCUCCUGGGAGAAGGGCUCCCAGCAGGGAAGAAGAGCAGCAUGCAGGGAACAGCAGUGCAAGAAGAACGUUCAACUGAGCCCUGAAAAGCUACGCUGAAUCAUUCCAGCACUUCAGCACAACAUAUGCCAGCAGAGAGCUCACCAGAAUGGCACUGUGCCAAGAAUACAAGAUAAGUUUCUUUAGAUUCUUAUUUACAUGUAUAUAAAUAGCUUAAGGGCAGUAAGUUAUACACAGAAUCAGAGCAACCACCUUUGCCUCCCCCCAUGUACGAUGGCAGAGAGCAGAGUUCACCCUGCCUUGCUCACUGUAGCUCCUGAAUGUGGUGCUGGCAAAGCUGCUUCUGUCACAUUUGCUGAUGCAGUGGCUGAGGGUGUGACUCCCCUUUGCACAGACCUUGUUCUGAACCAAGGAAGAAAAGAUCAUGUUUGCAUCAUUCUAUUCUUUCAUACCCACUACAGGCAGAUGGGGGACAGGCUCCUCCUGUCUCACCCACAGCUCAGUGCACACAGGCUGCAAAAAGCUGGGCUUGCACAACCUGUCCUGGGAGCUUCACUGCAGCACUGCAACAUCACAGUUAUUGCUUGGCCCACAUUUGAGAGCUACAAACACUGUGCUGACUUCACAGCAACCUCUGCCGAGAAGAGAAUAACUCCAGAGUCCAAGCAAAAGGCAAGAGCACCUUUGUGCUUCCAGUAAAAUUAAACUCAGGACUGGCUAUCUUCCUCUUUCAGCAGGAAAAAAAUAAUAUGAAAAGGCUUAAGUAGCACAGAUUAAAACCAGAGAAGGACAUUGUGGAGAAAUUUAGCUGAUUCCAUAGAGGAAAAUUCCAGAUUAACAGGAAUAUCCAAGAUUUAUAACUGACACAAACAGUGAGCAUCAUGUGUGUUUUUGAGUGCCAAGUGAGGGAGGUCCACUGAUCUUGGCCAAGAAUUUGGCAGGAUUAGCCAAACUCAUGUCAAGAAGCUCCAAGUCCUACAGCUAAUUUUGUCCAAAGGACAGUCCAGGAGAAGAAAAAAGACACUAGAAAUGAGUUUGCAUAGUGAAUGUCUAAUUUAGUAUGAACCAUAUCCAUAUGCUGAAGUUAUUUCUGUGCUGCUGUUUGCUUCUAGCUUCCAAUAUCUACAUCUAACUAAUAAAAACCACUUAGCAUUUACAGAAUAUUUUUCCUGUAGAGACACAAGCCAUCAUUUGUACAGAAAUACCAGCUUUUCAUACCACUGUCACACACUGCAACACAGACAAAGUGCCCAGAGGCAAGGACAGGACCGAAGCAAUUUGUUUCAAGUCACAAGAAGAAUCAGUAGGAUCUGACAAAAUGAACCUGGCUAAUUUUUUAGGCCUUUUGUUUACUGCUGUGCAUUGUGGGGACAUUGUCUGUUUUAAAAUGGCUCUAAGCAGAACAGUUUAAUCAUUACAGUCAUAAAAAUAGGAGAUGCACUUAGUCUCCAGUGGCAGUUCAUUUCUUACUGCAGAACUGAGGGCAUGAUGCUCCUGCCUGAAGAAACAAGGACAGAAUCCAGGAGAGUAAGGACUAUUUUUCUCUUCUCCCUUGUGAGUAGAAAUCUUCUUUUGAGGCAUUCAGUUUAGAACUAGAUGUCAGUCCCAGACUAGAAGUUAACAAGAGCUUGUGUUUAAAUCAAAAAGAGGAACUUCAUAUUUUCAGUUCCAUUCUUAUGUUCUGGCUAGAGCUAACUGCUCUCUGUGUCUGUAGGAUGCCACUGAGGAGCAAAGGACCGAGCAGACACAGUGUAUUUGGCUUGCAGCUUUAGAGAAAACCAUCUUCAGAAAACAGAUAAGACUUCAAAGAAAAAAUCCAUUCCUAUUCUCUCUAAUCUCCAAAAUAAUGAUUCUGAUCUUGGAAGCUGGCAGGAAGCAUUAUGGGGAAAAUAGGGGAGGAAGAAGGCAGCUCUCAGGAGUGUUAGGAGAAGAAAGACAAAUCCUUAUGUUAUCCUGGGUUUUCAGCUGCAGAUCAGAACUCAGCCAGCAGUCAGAGGUUUCUAAAAGAGUAAGAUGUACACUUGCACCUGUGUGUUUGUGUACCUGCACACACACACUAUGGAGAGGAGAUAGCUCUCCUCUUGGUAGGUUACAAGGAAGGCUGGAACCCCAGGCUGUCUAGUUCUGUAGAAAAAGGAAAUUCUCAACAUCCACCUCUCCUAGCAACUUUUAGUACUGCUUGUCUUUCUUCCAGCAUGUUAAAGGUUUCCAGGCAAACAUGGAACUCCAGAGCUGGUCACAUUCCUCCCCAUAGCUGCAACCCCCUUCUAAAUAUACCACUAAUUACCUUUGAAACUUUAGUGGCUUUGGGCACAAAUCUUCCGUGAAGAUACAGCCCAACAAGCUGGUAAGGCCAGUUUGAGCAAACAAGGAACAAAUGUGUGUUUGUGUUCAAAACAUGCAGGUACUGCCCAAGCAGUGUGGGCUACCAGAGAAACAGGAGCCAGCAGCCCUUUCAGCCCCUGCCCAGCAGCCCCUUCCCUUCCCAAGGUCCUUUCCCUGCCUCAAAGCCCUUGGCCAGGGAGGAAGAUGAAGGGCAAGGGCAGGUCCAGCUCUCCUGAGCAUUUCCUGCCUGCUUGCACCAAUUUCAGCCCUGAGGGAACCUGCCAUACCUGCAGGACCAGACCAGGCUCUGUCAAGCUCCCAAAGGGCCUCUCCUGCCAGGGCCUCAGCUUCUGCUCCCCAGGUCAACACACGUCCUACCAACAGGCUUCAGGGUGAACUCCAGCCUCUGAUCAACCUUGGAAGAUGCAGGCAGUACAGUCUAAAAAAAAUGGGUAAAGGAAAGCAAAGCAGCAGCAUUCCUCUGAAACAAGCCUGGUAAUUUUUUAGCUAAGAACCUAGAUUUAGCAGUUCAGUUUAAUCCCUUUGUCCUUAAAUGACAGAUCUGCUCCUAUACAGAAGUAAUUCCAGGCCAACUAAUGGUAGGAAACAUUUGCUGUCCCACCUCCCAUAGCCCCAGCAGAGCCAGGACAGUCAGAGAUGCCCCAUGAGCCCAGACGCCUCUGUGCUGUGCACGGGACAGGGACAGUCCAAAUUGUAAAACUGGUUAUCUGUCUUUCCAUAAAUCAGAGACCAGAGCUUUUAUGGUAUUUAUUAACAGAAAGAAUGCAAUCAUUGCUUUCUUGUCACAACAGGUCUUAUUAAUCAUUAGCUACACUAAGUCUUAUAGGUUUAUCUUAAAAAUAGAACUCAGUUUGCUGACAAAACCCAUAAAGAACACUUUCCCUACAAUCUUCAUGGACAAGUUCUGCAAGAAAGAACAACUAUGACAAGCUGUUGUUAUUAUUAUUAUUAUUAUUUAAAUUCUGAUAACAUUUUCAAGUUUAGAAAUAACUUCUUGGAAAAAGUUACAGAAAUAUCUGACUACCACCAGCUCAAAAGGGUGGUUUCUCACUUCUCUGCAAGACAAAGUCAUCCUAGGAAGAACUGCACCUGAAUCCACAGGAAAUUCUCUACAGCCAGAGCCUUGACAGGUAAUUCAUCAUUAUUUGGGAGUGUGCUGGCUACUCACUUGCUCAGUGCAUUUGGAGGUGAUGCAAGAUUUAUGGAGAUGUUGCUGAUCAGUCCAGGGCGUAAUUUUUUAUAUUUUUAUCACAUUUCAAAUAAGGGCUUGAGUUAAAGAUACUAGAGACUAAAUUGUAGUUACAACUAUUUGUAGGAGAAAGAUGACAGAGACAAUUUUUAAAAAUCAAGUUACAAGGUUAGGGCUGCUUUUUCUAACAUUCCUCUGAGCUCACAGAAAUAUUGUCUUUAUAACAUAUGAUUUAUACUAAGUUUUAAUGGAUAUCAUCUCACAGUGCAAGCAGAAGCACUUUUUCAAAAGUGCCUGCUAUAGAGUGAAAUUCAGCAAUUUAAGAUACACAGCUUGUAGCAGCAUGAUUAGACAUCAGCUAGUGCUUUAACUUGCUUAUGAUUGAAAACACUGUUUCACUUAUUUCAGGAUCAGUGAAAUUGACUUUUUAGCACAAAAGUAGUAAAAUAAACUUAACAAACCAAAUCUUUCUCGACUUCUUUUUGCUGCCAGCUACACUGAAGAAACAAGCCUUUUUUUCCUUUUGGUCAUCACUUUCAAAAGUGAAGUCAAUAGUUCUCUAUUCUAAGCCUGAGCAGGUACCAUGAGCAGAUAGUUUCUGGGUCUUUCUUUACCCUCUCCAAUGACUGGAGUGCAAGAAACAUGGUAGAUUAUGGAUUGCUGGAAGGGAGCCGUAAGCCACAGCUGGAUUUAUCCCACGGUGAUCAUCUGUGCAAAUGGAUUUUUCACCACAAUGAGGCCAUCAGAAUCUUUUCUCACCCCCUAUCUAACAGGACCAGACAAAAACCUAACAGCUGAAGAGGUUACCAACCAGAUUUUUCCAGUCUGGACAUACUCCUACCUGGCUCUCCUUUUCCCAGUGUUCCUGCUCACAGACUACGUGCGCUACAAGCCCGUCCUCCUCCUGCAGGGCCUCAGCCUCAUCGUCACAUGGCUGCUGCUGCUCUUUGCACACGGAGUGGUGGCCAUGCAGCUGGUGGAAUUCUUCUAUGGCAUGGUCACAGCCACCGAGGUGGCCUAUUACGCCUACAUCUACAGCGUGGUCAGCAGCCAACACUACCAGAGGGUCACCAGCUACUGCAGGAGCGUCACUCUGGUGGCAGCCACCGUGGCCGCCGUGCUGGGACAGCUGCUGGUGUCCUUAGCAGGCGUCUCCUACUUCCACCUCAACGCCAUCAGCUUGGCUUCCGUGUCCCUGGCGUUCGUGUGCGCGCUCUUCCUGCCCAUGCCCCGGAGGAGCAUGUUCUUCCACAGGAAAGAGGCCCCUGAGCCCGUGCCUGGCAAAGGGCUGGCCGCGGGCACUGCCCCCGGGCCCCAGAGCUGCCCAGAGGAAAGGAGCCCUGACGCUGCUGCCGGGGCCCCGAGCCCCCAGCCCCAGGCCGGCAGUGCCGGGCCCCACGGGCACCUGCUGGGCGUGCUGCUGCAGCUGGGCAGGGACCUGAGGCACUGCUACGGCUCCCGCAAGCUCCUCUGCUGGUCCCUGUGGUGGGCUCUGGCCACGGCCGGCUUCAACCAGGUGGUGAAUUAUGUCCAGGUGCUGUGGGACUUGCGAGCCCCCUCGCACAGCUCCGCAGUCUACAACGGAGCUGUGGAAGCCAUAGCAACGUUUUUGGGUUCAGCAACAUCCAUGGCAGUUGGAUAUGUCAAAGUAAACUGGGAUCUCUCUGGAGAACUGGCUUUGGGAAUUUUCUCUGCACUGGAUAGUGGUUCUCUGCUUCUUAUGCACUUCACUGACAACAUCUGGGCAUGUUAUGCUGGUUACCUUGCAUUUAAAGCUUGCUAUAUGCUCCUUAUAACAAUAGCAACGUUUCAGAUUGCUAUCAACCUCAGCAUGGAGCGUUAUGCUUUGAUGUUUGGCUUCAACAACUUUGUUGCACUGGUGAUUCAGACAAUUUUAACUGUUGUUGUAGUAGAUUCAGGAGGUCUGGGACUGGAUAUCAGCACUCAGUUUCUCAUUUAUGGCAGCUACUUCGCAGUCAUAACUGGAAUUUUCCUGAUCAGAAGCGUGUACACCAUAAUUUCCAUCAAAUGCAGAAAUACAAGUGUGGCUGCUGAAAGCACUGCCCCUUAACAACCAAGACAAAAACAAUGGUUACAAGCAACAAUGCAGAAGGCUCCGUCAUCUGGACAAGAAAUCAAGAGAAAUAUAACAUUCAAUCAAGGAAAACUGGUCCAGGUUGAAGCAAGCUGUUCAUGAGCCUACUGCAGAGAGAGCUUUGUCAACAAGAUGAUGCAUUUGCUCCAUUUUCUUCACCAAAAGUUUAAUACAAACAUUCCUCAAACAGUCUUCUAAUUCAAGUUUAGUGAUCUGGCAUACAAAUUUCUAUUAAGGCUCAGUGAGCACAAGGACAUACAAAUGCCUGAACCUCACACCAGAGGAACUCACAGAACAACCCUGGGACUUUGCCUUCUACUGAGUAUUUCAAUUUAAGGCAACUUAUUCACUGACAGAAGACCAUCAGACAUGCCCAGGCAAUCUAAAGCAGUUGAACCAUACAAUGACUUUUCAGAUAAUUUGUCACAGAAGCCUUUGGAAAACUUCAAGGCUUUCUCAACUGGACAUCACAUCUGCCUUACAGAGCUCAGGAUGGUCCUGCAAGUAUAGCAUCUUCUUACACUUGUAACAGCUGAUGUUUAGGACUGAAGUCUAAUUAAGAGGGCUCCAUAUUAAUUUCUGUAUAAGGGGCCUAGAGUUAUCAAGUGAAGUGCUUUGAUGCUAAAGCACAAACAUACAGCUUUUAGGCAACUAUGCUAUUUGCAUGAACAAUUAAGGGAAUAACUGCAGAGAUCUCCAUGAUAAAAAAAACAUUUAAAAUCAGAGGUGAAAAAUUCAUUUUGUAAAUAAAGCUAAUUUAAAACCUAAUCAACGAAACACUAAUGGUGUCAGUUAAUGCUCAAUAUACAGAAAACUCAAAACAAUACAAGAUCUUCAGCUUAUCUGGAAUUGGACAAAUCUAAAAUCCAUGAACACAGACUAAAGAGGUGUGCUUGUGCAUAGUUAAAGUUGCAAACCUUUUACCUGUCAUAAGUCAGUUAUGAAAAAUAAAGACUUCUACAGCAUAUUCUAAA